UCUCAAUCAGUCGUGACAUUCCCUUCUAUUUUCUUAUCAUCACAACUACCAUCAACCAAUUCGUCGUUCUCUUCUUCUGCUCUAUUUGCCUUUCCCCCCCGCCGGUUAGCCGUAGUCUCACGCUCUUUCUUCAUUUUGCGUCGGCCCGGCAUUUCGCUCCUUUUCUCAAGUUAGCAAGCAUUGUUUGUUACCUUAAGGUACUCACCGCCUACUUUUCGAUCGAACAGGAGAUAACGAUACCCCCUUUGAAAGAAUCCACGCGUUCGAGCGGAUCGAUUUGAUUUAGAGAGAUAAUACUACGGUAAAAAGGGAAAGAAUAGGAAAUAUGCGUUUCUCAACUAUUCUCUCGGCAGCAGUGGCCACGGGCCCAAUCGUGGCGUCGGCCGCAGGACAACUAGGAUUUGCGCUGGGCAACAAGAAGGCCGAUGGGACUUGUAAGGAAGCGAGCGACUACACGGCUGACUUCGCCGCUCUGACCAAGGAGACGAGCGCUAAGGUCGUUCGUAUCUACGCUGCUUCCGACUGCGAUGUCGCGAAGCUGAUCCUACCUGCUGCUAAGACGGCUGGAUUCAAGGUUGUCCUGGGUAUCUGGCCCGACACGGAUGAAUCCUUCAAAGCCGACAAGGCGGCCGUCGUCGAGUUCGCACCAAAGUACAAGGACCAGGUAUACGCCAUUACCGUAGGCUCGGAAUCCAUGUACCGUGGCAACUUUACGGGUCCGGAGCUUCUGUCCAAGAUCCAGGACGUGAAGUCUGCUGUAGGCAAGGGCUUCAAGAUCGGCACGGCCGACUCGUGGAACAAGUACGCAGAUGGGACGGCCGACGCCCUCGCGGAGUCGGGUAGCGUGGACAUCAUGCUCUGCAACGCUUUCUCGUACUGGCAGGGCCAGGUGCUGUCGAAUGCCACGGGCUCCUUCUACGACGAUAUCUUCCAGGCGUUCGGCCACAUCCAGGAGAAGGCCGGCGGCACUGACAAGAUCGAACUCUGGGUUGGCGAGACGGGCUGGCCCACCGGCGGUGAUAAGUACCAGAACGCGCAGCCCGGCGUUAAGCCUGCCUCGACCUUCUACAGCCAGGCCGUCUGCGGUAUGGUCGACUGGGGAUUCAACGUCUUUUUCUUCGAAGCCUUCGACGAGGCCUGGAAGCCCAAGGCUAUUGGCGAGGACGGCUCCGUGGCUGACGAGACCUCGUGGGGUGCCAUGACCGAGGACCGGACGCCUAAGUACAGCCUCAAGUGCUAAAUCUGCUUCCUUGUUUUAUUCUGCUAGUAGAUGGGGAUGCGCGCAGG